UGAUGAGUUGAAAGCGCUUGUUUUCAUCCCGUAGGUUGUGAUCAGGUACCUGUAAAACCGAGGCGCAGAGGCUGUUACAUCGGAAUUAUCGCGGUAUCUCCGGCCCAUAGGCUAUCCGCUACCCUCUGGAGUCACUGUCAGACUGAGGAUUUCAUCCCCCGAUUCUUUUUCGGUGUUUAUCGCCAUGUUAUCAUCUAUUCCCACCAGGCUAUUUGCGCGAAGGUCGCGCAGCCUGUCACCGUGCAACCGGGUACUCCAGACCAGCGCAAGCGGUGCUGCGUGCCAGGGCAUGCGUGAGACACCGGCGGAGACCAACCGCAACCCAAUCGUGUCCACCUCCCGGGUCUCCAGGAGGGGAAUUUUGGCUGAGGAGACCGCUGGUACCAGUCUUAACCCCUCGGUGCAGUACCACCACCUCGCCCCUAGAUGGCUGUCCAACCUGGAGAACCGCCGCAGCUCCUGGGCGGCUCUGGUCAGCAGAGGGCGCAACAAUAACCAAUACUGGGAGGAGAGUAGGCAGAGCGGCGGAGGUGAGGGACGGGGAACAGGUGGAGGAGCUGGGCGGGCAGGAGUGACUUCUGCCGGUGUGCUGUCUGCUGCAGCCGUGGCCUUCUGUCUGAAGAAAGACUCUGAUAACAAAGGUGAUGCUCUUCUGGAGGCAGCGAGGACCAGUAAUUCUCAGGAUGUGGCCAGGCUGUUAAAGGAAGGGGUGGACCCAAAUCACCGCCACCGUCUCGGUUGGACAGCUCUGAUGGUGGCGUCCAUGAACAGACAACACAGUGUGGUACAGGUUCUGCUCGAAGCCGGUGCCGACCCAAACGCUGGAGAUCACUUCAACAACGUUUACGACACCUCACGAGAGAAAGGCAUCCACUCCCUGGAAGUCCUGGUGUCCAGAGAGGAUGAAUUCAGCAGCAGGCUCAGCAGCAGGGCCGGUUUCCGUGGUUGCACCGCUCUUCACUACGCCACGCUGGCUGAUGACCCACGCACUGUCUGCAUGCUGCUGGAGGCUGGUGCCAACCCCCUGCAGACCAAUGGUUUGGGACACACACCACGGGCCUAUGCUAAGGAGGGAGAAGUGAGCAAAGCGCUGCAGGAGUGGGAGGGAAAGUUCCAGGAGGCGCAGGCUCGGCGGGAGGCGGAGGAGAGGAGGAGGUUCCCCCUGGAGAGGAGGUUGAAGGAGCACAUCAUCGGGCAGGAGGGGGCCAUCAAUACUGUGGCCUCAGCCAUCAGGAGGAAGGAGAAUGGUUGGUAUGAUGAAGAACAUCCUCUCGUAUUCCUCUUCCUCGGUUCAUCAGGAAUCGGAAAGACCGAGCUGGCCAAACAGGUGGCCCGCUACAUGCACAAGGACAUUAAGAAGGGUUUCAUUCGCAUGGACAUGUCCGAGUUCCAGGAAAAACACGAGGUGGCAAAGUUCAUUGGCUCUCCGCCGGGGUACGUGGGACACGAGGAAGGAGGUCAGCUGACCAAGCUGUUGAGAGCGUGUCCCAACGCUGUUGUCCUGUUUGAUGAAGUAGACAAGGCCCAUCCUGAUGUCCUCACCAUCAUGCUGCAGCUAUUUGAUGAGGGUCGUCUCACAGACGGUAAGGGGAAGACCAUCGAGUGCAAAGACGCCAUCUUCAUCAUGACGUCUAACGUUGCAAGCGACGAAAUUGCCCAGCAUGCACUGCAGCUCCGGCAGGAAGCUGAGGAGGUCAGCCGCAGAAAGCUGGCCGACAACCUCGAGGAUGUACAGAAAAGUGAUGACAUCAAAAUCUCCAGACAGUUUAAAGAAUCUGUGAUUCGACCGAUCCUGAAGGCUCAUUUUCGGAGGGACGAGUUUCUCGGGCGGAUCAAUGAAAUUGUAUACUUCCUGCCGUUCUGUCACUCAGAGCUGCUACAGCUGGUCAGCAAAGAGCUCAACUUCUGGGCCAAGAAGGCAAAGCAGCGCCAUGACAUCACUCUUCAGUGGGAUCGCCCGGUGCUGGACCUGUUGGCGGGCGGGUAUAACAUGCAUUAUGGAGCGCGCUCCAUCAAACACGAGGUAGAGCGGCGGGUUGUCAACCAGUUAGCUGCAGCAUACGAGCAGGAGCUGCUGCCAAAGGGCUGCACCCUGCGUUUGUCUGUCCAAUCAGAUGGCCAGGAGGAGCAGAGCUCGCCCAGUCUGCGCCUCGAGGUGGUUGGAGAGGACAGCUCGUCGAGAACCCUGGACAUCCGUCCACCGCUCAGCCCUGAACACUAGCAAAGAACAAACAACACAACACAGAGACACAAAGGAUACAUAUAUGUACGCACACAUGUACACUUGUCACACACACAUUAUCAUUAUCAUCAUCAUCAUCAUCACGCAGUGUCAGGAGGAUGGGUGGUUCUUGAUGCAUGUUACCAAUAAAAGUACCUCUGACAAACACAUCACUGCCUCUCUGUUUCAGUACACAUAUGCAGUAAUCUCAUGCCAACUUUUCCACAACAUGCAGUACAAGUUUGUGUUCCAAAAGACCUUUGUGGCAGUCGGAACUGACACGUGACUCGUCUGAGAUAUAUGUGUAGGGUUAGUGAAUGUGCUGCAGGUCGUCGUAGCAGUAUAGAGGCCUCAGUUUGACUGUGCAGGUUCAACAUCAUCACCAACAGCCAAUAUCUCAUCAUCAGCCAACUGCCGAUCCCCUGAGCUGUUACAUAGUGAAAAAGUGUCUAACCACUUUAAUGAACAGUACAGGCUAAAUAUUUAAUAUUUAUUUUAAACUAUUAUGUGUUUAAGUUAAUGACAGUGGACAGUGGUGUUCUGUAUCUGACUUUCUGAAUAAAUAAAUAUAUAAUAGCCAAUUUCUUCAUUUGCUGAGAAGGAAAAAGAAGCAUCAGUGACCAAAGAGAAUGUGACAUUGCCUCAGAUCGUCGCCCGUGUCUUCACUUUAAUGCACAUUUCACUUGUGGAGAAACCCUCACCAGCAGAGCUAAGUUGAUAAAUACAUGUAAAAAAGAAG